AUGGCCGCCCUCGCAUCAGCCCAGGCUAUCAUCAACACACCCGCUGCCCUCGUCUUCGGCCAACCGGCCCUGCUCAGCUACUCUGGUGGCACGGCACCAUACUUCAUCUCUGUCUUGCCCGGCGGACAGACCGCUGCUGCCGCUCUCGAGACUUUCCCAACCCAGCAGACUGCCGGCUCGUACACAUGGAACGUUGAUAUUCCCGUGGGCACGAGCGUAACGCUUUCGAUCCGAGACGGCACUGGCGCCGUCAAUUACUCUUCCGAGCGCACUAUCCUUGACGCAAGUGGCAGCUCGAGCGCAUCGUCCGGUGCAAGCUCGGCCACUACCGCAGCUGGCGCUGCCGGCGGCGCUGCUGGCAGCUCUUCGACGGGCUCCGCAGCAGCUUCAUCUGCCUCGUCUGCGCCUGCCUCAUCAUCAUCGGCGGCAAGCAGCUCUUCGUCUGCCUCGUCGGCGAUGUCCUCAGCUAGCUCUUCGAUGAUGACUAGCGCCACGUCAAUGGCCACUAUGGCUGCCAGCAGCGCUUCUUCGCCUGCUGCAGCUGCCACUUCGUCGGCAGCGGCCACCAGCGGAGCAAACAAUAUCAAGGUCGGCCUUGCCGGACUCAUCGGCGCUGCCCUCUUCGCCGUUGCCGCAUAA